AUGUCAAAGAGCUGGAUCCGCCAUGGCUUCAACAGGGUAGCUCGAAUUGUAGGCAGAGCUGCUGACCCAAAGAAGGAGAACUUUCCUGUGUUAGAAGGCCACCCCGUUGCCCAGCAGCAUGCAGAAGUAGCUGUUGAGACCCAUGACACAGUCAGAAAGAAAGACCAAGUGCUGAAGGAGUUCAAGAUCUAUAGAUGGAGCCCUGACCAUCCCAACAACAAGCCCUACCUUCACUCUUACUUUGUGGACCUCUCUAACUGCGGUCCUAUGGUUUUGGAUGCAUUGCAGAAGAUAAAAGCAGAGGAUGAUUCAAGCUUGAGUUAUAGGAGGUCUUGCAGGGAAGGGAUAUGUGGGUCAUGCUCCAUGAACAUUGAUGGGACGAAUACUGUGGCCUGCCUCAGGCCCAUAGAUGCAGACACUUCCAAACCCACUACAAUAACCCCUCUGCCUCACAUGUUUGUGAUCAAAGAUCUGGUUGUUGACCUCACCAAUUUCUACCAGCAGUACAAGUUGAUUGAGCCAUGGCUGAAGACGAAGAAGCCACCAAAGGAUGGCCGAGAGUACAGGCAAUCACCCUCAGACAGGAAAAAGCUUGAUGGCCUUUAUGAGUGUAUAGUUUGUGCUUGUUGUACUGCUUCCUGCCCUGCCUACUGGUGGAAUCCAGAGGAGUACCCUGGACCAGCGGCUUUGCUCCAUGCUUAUCGAUGGAUUGCGGAUAGUCGGGACGAGUUCACAGAGCAACGAUUGCAGGCAUUGACAGAAGACAACAUGAGGUUAUAUAGAUGCAGGACCAUAAAGAAUUGCACAGCCAAUUGCCCCAAAAGCCUCAAUCCUGCUGAUGCCAUUAGCAAAAUGAAGACCAGGCACCUCUUGUCUCAACCAGUCGAAAGGGUUGAGGACCAAGGAUAUGUUGUGUCAGGCAGACCAAUUGGUUGA